AUGACACAACCAACAAACUCCAACAGCAAAAAGCCCCCAGGCAACAACAACGACUCAUCUCACCACAUCGCAUCCUCCCUCUUCCCCAGCCCAUCCCUCGCCAACAACAGCCCCUUAAUCCACAACCCAGACUACACCCACCUCCCCACCCUCCCAGACGGCGUAACCCUCCAACCACCAGGAAAACUCCCCACCACCAACGCGGCAACCGGCGCCUCAGCCGCCGGCGUCCGCGCCCUCACCUCCCAGGCCAUCGCCUUCUACUUCCGCGCCCCGGUGAAAGCCUUUUUUCGGACAAGGGUUGAUUACCUAGCCUAUGCCCGGGCGAUCCAAGAACAGCAGCUCGCCGCUUACCUCGCCUCCUCCAACCCUACGUCGUCUAAUGCCGCCUGGGGCUGGUUUAAGGGCCGUUUGAGGGGGAGCACACCCGGCUUGAUUGCCUCAGCGGUGAGAUAUCAUGGGUGGAGGGUGGUGCCUGAUCAGGUGUUGCCGCCUUUGAUUGCAAAUGUCGGGGUGGGAGCGGUGCUGUACACGAGUUACCUCCAGAUUUUGGGACGGCUUCACCCGGAAAGCGCGCUGGCGAGUAAAAGGGUUUAUCCGCCUCCGUCGCCGGGGGAGACGUUUACCGCGGGGCUGUUGGCGGGGGGGAUACAGAGUUUUGUGGCUGCACCGUUGGAUGCUGUGCAGGCCAGGUAUGACUUGGGGGUUGGGGGGGCGGGGAUGACGGGGAGUGGGACUACCAUGGGGGGUGGGACGAAGGGGGUGGUGGUGGAGGGAGGUGGGAAUGGGAAUGGAAACAAGGGGGCAAGGAUUGCCCGGCCCAGGAGCAUGUGGACUUUUAGUCGGGAGAAGCUUGCCGAGAUUGGACCGAGGGGGAUAUUCGCUGGGUGGGGGUUGAGUUUGGUGAAGGAUAGUAUGGGGAGUGCGGUGUUCUUCAGUUUGUUUGAGUGGAUCAAGGCGCAGGGGUACUAUGGGUUUGUGGGGUGGUAUUAUGGGAGUUUGGAAGAGGACGCGAUUGUGCUGUUGUCGCAGAGGAGACCGGCGGGGCUGGAUGGCAAGGUUGGUUCGAGGAGGGACAGGCUUACGGGAGAGGUGGAGAGAGAGGAUGAUAGGGAGCUGAGAAUGCCUACUAUUAUUCGACCUCAUUAUGCUAUUGAGCCAGCGUUUUUGUUGCUUGCUGGCAUGGGGGCAUCGGUAGCGCAGCAGGUGGUUCUUCAUCCGCUGGGUCACAUUCAGGUGGAGCAUUGGGAAAGGCUCGAGGCGUUGGAUGCCAAGGCUAGGAAGCUUAAAUCAACUGAAGGGGGAAGCUCGAGAAGAAUGUUCAAGGCUUAUAGGGAUGCAUACAGGGUUACAUGGGGAGAAUGCGCUGCGGAGGCCAAGACGGCCGGGCUGAGCAUGCGGCAGUGGUUGUACCGAGGGUUCUGGUGGAACACCAUCAGACAAGUUCCAAGCACAUCGGCCGGCCUGAUCAUCUUUGAGCUUGUCCGAAGAAAAUAUGGUCUUGGCAGCGACCAGGUCAAGAUCAAUAGGGAUGGAUACGAUAUUUUGUUGACGUAA